ACUGUGACCAGCCUUACAGUGAUGGCAAAUUGUCAUUUGCUGAACAGGAAAUCAGCCCAGCUCUGGAUGUAGCCUGUGAAUGUUCCCAUUCUAAAAAGGAUGAAACUCCAAAUGACCUCCCAGAAAAUCAAAAUGAUCAGGAGGAAGAGGAUGGACAACAGCCAAUGUCCCCCAGCAUGGAGCUUCAGAAAUUUCAAAAGAAAGAAAUCCUGCAGGACUCACAGGAUGAAUGUGCUUUGCCCUCUUCAAUCUGCCAAGAAGAGUCUGACUGUGACAAGCCUUACAGUGAGGGCAAAUUGACAUUUGAUGAGCAGGAAGUUGGCUCUGCUCUGGAUGUAGGCAGUGAAUGCUACCAUUCUAGCGGUGAUGAAAUUCCAACUCAUCUCCCAGAAAACCAAAAUGAUCAGGAGGAGGUGAAAGGACAAGGGCCAAUUGCCCCCAGGCUCUGCAGGGAGCUGCCACAGGAGGUAGAGGAUGACCUACCAUGGGACCCACUGGAUGAAUAUUACUUGAAUUCUUCAGAUCUUCCCAGCCUGUCCAACUCCUACUGUCCUUAUAGGAGCGCCGCGACAUUCUCAUUUGAGGAAUUGGCAGUCUAUCCUGCUCUAGAUAGAACUAAAAAACAUACUGUUCUUGAGGAGGAGGAAGACCAAGUCUGCAUAUGUUCCAGAGCUGGGUUUGGAAGCAUACAUUGGAAUGAAGAACCCUCCCAAGUUGGAGGGUGAUGCUGUUGAGGGCUCAGCUACCAGCACUGACCACACUAAUGCCCUAAGUGCCCUGAAGCAGAGGAUUCUCAGAAGAAAACUACGGCUAGGCAAGUGGAGACUAGCAUGCAGAUUCCCUUGCCUUCAAGCUUAGGGUCCAGAGGCAAGAGGAAGCCUGGCCCCACGGUACUCCUCAUCACAAGAGGAUCAUUUAAGCCACUGAACACAUGGGACUUUGCCUGAAAUCACACACUUGCUUGGCUUCUCUGCCUUCCCUUCCCAGCUUCCCCAACACCGCUGCCUCUUUCUACUGGGCGCAUUGUCCUAAUGAUUCAGUUGCACAUGGAUCCUCCUCCUGGGUCUUUUAGGGAACCUGACCUAGGACAACCCUUAACCCUGGAUUUCUCAAUGUGAAUACUCAAUGUGAAUAUCACUGAGGAGACAGAGCCCAGAUUACAAAAACUAAAUGAGAACCUAGGUCACAGGUGGGAGUGCUGGACUGGCCUGGAGUCAGGAUUUUCCUUAGCCCCAGAUGUGCAGGCCUGUGCUCAUCUGCAUGGGGCUUCCAGGGACUCAGUGUCCCCACCUCUGGGACUCAUUGGAGCUGGCCCUAUGUGGAGGACAGUAGAAGGCACCCUGAAGGGACAUUGGCCGAAAGUAGAUGCAGAGGCCAGG